AUGCAGCUACCCAAGACACAAAAGGCCGCUAUCAAGCAAGGCACCGGCGAUAAUUCCACCAUUACAAUCAAAGAGAUCCCUGUCCCAGAACCAGCGCCAGAUCAAAUCCUUAUCAAGAUCAACUACUCCGGCCUCUGCGCUUCGGACAAAUCCCUACUUCACGAUGAAUGGGAUUUCAAGAUGGCCGAAUGCACAAACGGUAUCGCAGGCCACGAAGGCGCCGGUACUGUCGUAGCCGUCGGCUCAAACGUGCAAGAUCUCUGGCAGAUCGGUAACCGUGCGGGCAUCAAGUGGAUCGCUUCUGUAUGCCGGAAGUGCGAGUUCUGCACUAAUGGCCAAGAUGAAUGUCACUGCCCGAAGCAGUUGAACAGUGGUUUUACCAUUGCGGGAACAUUCCAGGAGUACGCCUUGACAGAUGCGAGGUAUGCGACCAGGUUACCAGAUGGCGUUAAAGAUGAAGAAGCAGGCCCGAUCAUGUGUGGUGGUGUUACGGCGUAUGUGGCCUGCAAAAGGAGCAAGGUGCUUCCUGGGCAGUGGCUCGUCAUUCCUGGAGCUGGAGGUGGCCUCGGCCACUUCGGCGUCCAAUACGCCAAACACAUGGGAAUGCGCGUCAUCGCCAUUGACGGCGGUGACGCAAAACGCGAACUGUGCCUCUCUCUCGGCGCCGAGAAGUUUAUCGACUACACCACAUGCUCUGAUAUCGCAUCCGAAAUCAUGAAGAUCACCACCUACGGCGCUCACGGUGUCAUCGUCUUUUCCGCCACAAAAGCUGGAUACGAACAAGCGCCACAUCUGCUACGACCAAAUGGCACAAUGGUGUGUGUGGGUUUGCCAAAGGACAAUACGAUCAUCGCGGGUGCUAGUCCGAUUAUGAUGUGUAUGAAGAAGCUGAAUGUUGUGGGUAGUGUGGUGGGGACGUUGAAAGAUGUUGAGGAGGCGCUUGAUUUUACUUCGCGAGGCUUGGUACAUCCAAUUUUGACGCAUGGUGGAUUGGAGGAUAUUGAUCGGUUCUGUGCGGAUAUGAAUGCAGGGAAGCUUGCUGGACGGGCUGUGAUCAAGAUCGCUGCGUAG